UUCACUCUUCUUUGUCUGCUGCCUCCAUAGAGCUGAUCCCUCUGCAGAUGCAGCUGGAGAUCAUGUGAAGUGCAUGCACAGCAGUGACUGGUGCUGGCCAGCUGAUGUAGGCAAUGGCUUUCUGAGCAGUGCAUUAGCAGCAAGCAGCACAGUGCAGCCACCACAAGGUCAUUUCCACUAUAGUGGUGUCCAGCAUCAGACCAAGGAUGGGUCGCCUGUGUGAGAGAUGUGCUCAGCUGGUGCAGGAUUUUGUGAACUUUGUCAGGAGACUGGCUUCUAGGAUAGUGGAGCAUCUCAAGGAAUGUGUAGCUCUCCUUGGUGAGUGCUGCUGUCUGAAUCCCAGGGGCUCCAAAGUGAAGCAGCUGUAUGAGCCUGUCCUUCAGAACCAUGAGAAGCAAGCUGCCCAGGAGUUCCUCAACCACAUGGAGACAGGACUUAAUGAAUCACCAAUUGGGAAGGAGACCCUGGAUGCAUUGAUGAUCUUGGCAUUUUCAGAAAAUGCUGACCUCCAACAUUCGGCUGCGUUGUAUUACUUGCAUAUGAGCCAGCACAUGAAUACACAGCUGCCACCAGAGUUCCUGGAGCCGUACCAGCCAUUGCUUCAGUCCAGUGAUUUGGAGAUUCAGCAGAUGUCUUCUUUAUCUCUUGUAAACUUUCUGCUUGAAGGAAAUUUGACUAAGGAGCUUGUUGUCCAGGUGGGAUUACUUGAGCCGAUAUUAGAGCUGCUGGAGUCUGGUGAUUCGGCAGUACAGUGUAAUUCCUGUGCAUGCAUCAUGACUUUGGCUAUAUCAGAAUCCAAUCGUGAGGCCAUUGGUAUUGCUGGAGGAAUUCUACCUCUGCUCACACUAGCAAAAUCCUAUGAUCCCAGGGUUCAGCAAAACGCUGUUGGAGCUAUUCUGAACUUGACUAGAUCAGAGAGGAUCAAAAGUAUCCUGUGCCGAGAGGGAGCCCUGCCAGUUCUCACCUUGCUUCUGCAGUCAGCAGACUCGGAAAUCCAGUACUACAGCUGUGCUUCUUUGGGUAACAUUGCUGCUAAUCCAGAGCACCAUAAAGCCAUGCUCGCCAUCGGGGACAAGUUCUUGCUUCGAAUGCUGGUCUCUCUAAUGUCUUCCUCGGUGCAGAAGGUCUCCAGUCAGGCAUGUCUUUGUUUGAAUAACCUAGCUUCAAGUGCUGAAGUUCGGGCUCACCUUCUCAGUAUGGACAUCAUGCCUUUAGUCCUCUCCCUGCUGAAUUCUAGCAAUAAAGAUGUCCGACAAGCUUCCAUUACUCUUCUGUGCACCAUGUCUCAUCCUCCAGGAAAUAUGGAUGCAUUGUUGUGUGAAGAAAUGCUUCAACAUUUAGCUAUGCUGAUGCAGAUGGAGAGAGCGAACCCUGUGGUGGUUAUACACGCAUCCUGCACAAUCCAGAAUCUAAGCCAACCAGAGAACAUUGAGGUUAUUGUAAGGAGCCAGUGUUUUGAAGAAUUACUGCUUUCACUUCUUGAUCCGAACAAUGAAGAGGAAUCACUGCAGUAUGUUGCAUCCUGCCUUGCAGAGCUAGCUACCAGUGACUUCACACGGGAGCAGCUGAUUAAGAGGAAGGAUGAAGCACUCAUCAGGUGCCUGGUGAGGUUGGCAGCGUGCUUGGAACACAAAGAACUCUCCUUUCAAGCUGCCACAGUUCUCAAACAGCUGUCACAUGGCGGAAAAAUAGCAGCCGAUUUAAAACCAGUAAUGAAAGAAGUCCAAGCCUACCUCAUGAGUUUCCUCAGUCACUCAGAGCUGAGAUUUCAGCAGAUGGGAAUCGCCACCCUGUGCUCUUUAAGUGAAGAUCCUGAAUUUUCUGUGGCCAUUAGUCAGAGUCGACUAAAAGAACAGCUUGAGCAAGUCCGUCAGCAGACAGAGGAGACUCGGGCACUACUCAAACUGGCCAUUAGUCAAACAGACAGCUUAAACCUGAAGGAGUAAUUGGUGACCACUCCCUAUAACAUGUGUACAUAGUUCUGGCUUGUGGUGCGGGCAGCAGUGAGCCCCACUGACUGUUCCUUGUAGUGUUUUAUUUUUCCAAAUAGGGAAGAUAUUUUGUGAUGUGGACCUUGAGUGUUGGUGCAUCCUCCUAACAAUAAGCAUUGGUAUCUGCAGAAAACAAGUCCUCCACUUUCACAGCACAUACCUUCAGGAGGAUACUUAAAUCCACUUUAAAAAGGUACAACUCAACUCAGAAUAAAUGCGUUGUCCAAGAUUCAAUACCAGGGUCAGCUUCACUCUUGUCCAUAGGUUGAGUCUAUGGUAUUGUACUGUCAAGUGAAUGGAUCUUAGACUCUCUUCACAUCACGUUUAUGGCCUCCAUUUAAUAAAUAUGCUAGGACUUAUACAUUUAACUAAUGCCUCUGAGUGGCAUUACAUAACCCAUAGGGUCUUGCUGUUUUAAAAAAAAAAAAAAAAAAAAAAGCAUUCAUCAUAUUUUUUCUUCUCAUCACUGGAUACCACUGUACCAUAUAAACACAUAGUCUACAAUGCUAUUCCAUACUGGAACCACGUGGACACAUAUAUUGUGUAUGUUGGGAAAUUUCCCAUACACUAAGUUUACAUCACAAACAUGAUAAGAACAUAGCCUUAGCUAAUACCAUAAACAGUCACUGGACAAGAGCAGGAAUGUUUCUUGGAGAUAAACAGCCCUUUCAAAUUAUAGGUAACCCCUUUAAUAUUUUCCACUUGAAUAUUGGGGACUAUCUAGGAAAGGAUUAACUAUUGAAACAAACUGUACUGAUUGGCUAAAGGGGGUAUUUUCUGAGUGGGUUUCCACCUCAAGGGUACGGCUACAUGGCGACGUGUCGCACCACACAAAAGGGUAUGGAGCCAUUUCAUAAAGUAUAUUUCAAUACUGUUAUAAAGCGACAUGCUGCGAUGCGACAAUUCC